AUGAUGCAAUCACAGGAAAAGUUGGAUUCGCAAACUCUCCUAGAAGCAUCAGCCAUGUUCUUUAGAGUUGCCGGUGAAAACAUUCGUCUACCGAAGUUUCAGUCAUUUCAGAAAAUUGCACAGCAUAUUUUCAAGGCUGUGGUUAGCUCUCCAGAGAUCGAUGACGACUGGAAAACAUUUAUGUGCUAUAUUCUUGUGAACAUGCUGCUUGCUUCGAACCAAAAGAAAGAGGCAAAUGACCUACUUGAACAGCUCAGUUUGGGUCUCUCAAAAUCGUGCCCUUAUCUUUUUACAAAACUUAUCGCGAAGGCUAAUGCGGCUGGAUUAUCUUUCGCCGAGCGUCUUGUCGUUGGAAGUCUUAUCCCAAUGAACAAAAUCGGUGAUCUAUCAGACAACAAUCAACCAAACAUAAGCAAUAUGCCCCAGAAGAAACCAACAACAAAAUUAACUGAUCAACAGCUUGACGCAGAAGUACAUUUGCUCUACAAGGCGCUGACACUGGGAGACAUGCGAAACGCAGACGAGGAAACUGGAAGUUUGCUAAGCACUGAAAUACGCAGAAAUCAAUUGAAGACGGAGAAACGUGUGCUCACAGAGCAAGAAGAAAAACAACAAAUCGCUUUUUUGAAGAUUGCCCGACUUCUUUCGGAGGAAGCAAGAUCAAAACUUCUGCUUGAUUUGGGCUACAUUACCCUAAAAUAUGGUUUUUUCGACGUGACUAGCGGCUGCAUUGAUGCUCUUGAAAAAUACUACAGAGAGAAGAAUGUCAAGGUAUGCAAAAAAUUUCGCUGGUAA